ACUGAUAACUUUUCCUUGCUGUCAAAAGAAGAGGCAGCAACAAUGGAUGAUUUCCACAAGCACUGGAAAGAUCUCACUCUGGAUCCAGACACCGCCCACCCUGACCUCAGCAUCUCUGCAGACUGCACUGAAGCCACUUACAUCGAGCACUCUCCAUCAGUCCCCGACCACCCAGAGAGAUUUGACCACUGGGAGGAGGUGCUGUGCAGCCAGGGCCUGGAUGGACGUUGUUACUGGGAGCUGGAGUGGAGAGGGCAGCAGGUCUGCGUAGCGGUGUCGUAUAAAGGUGUCAGCAGGAAAGGUGGGAGCAAUGACAGUCGCUUUGGAAUGAAUCAGCUCUCCUGGAGCUUGGACUGUUCUGACUCUGGGUUUUUUUUCUGGCACAAUAAUGAACAUACUGACAUAAAAGCACCUCCGUCGUGGAGGAUAGGAGUAUACCUAGACCAUGAGGAAGAGACUCUGUCCUUUUACAACAUCGCUGACUCAGAAGUUCUCAUUCACAGAGUCCAGACCACCUUCACAGAGCCUCUCUACCCAGGCUUUGAGUUAUAUAAUUAUGGAGACCAUGUUAAACUUUGUCACCUGAAAAAUCAGACAUGAUCAAUGGCUUUAAUACAGGUUUCUUAGACAGAAUUUGCUCAUCUUUUUUCUCCAGCAGGAGACUUUUCUGGUGUACAACUCUCAGAAAUAUUGACUGUGGAAAGAUUUUCCAUUGUAAAUAGAACUCAAAGAAAUGAUGAUACAUCUUGCCACUGUUUAAGAUGACCAAGCAAAUACAGCUAUUUAGCAUACUUAUUUUUUAUUGAUUGUUUACUUUAGGUGAAUAUGUAUCUGCAAAUCCACACGGCAACAUCACUUAAAACUGCUGAAGAUUCCACUUUAUGCAAGUUCAUGUAUGACGCAUACUCUGCAUCAACCUUGCUUGUGUUUUUAA